UCGUAACAUCCAUAAAAUGAUGAUCUGUCUAUAUUGUAGUGAGUGGAAGUAGGAAAGUUACAAAGCAUAAAGUAGUCGCGUGCGUGAUACAAAAGUUUAUUUCAUCACUUUAAGUGGCGUAGUCGACGUGUUUGCACUAAACAAAUUCAAAUCGUUCUUUCUAGACAUCGUUCUUUCUAUGUCCCUGUGAUAUUCAGCGUGAGAGCUAAUUUAAUUUAUAAAUAAAAGAAAGUUCAAAAUGGCACUUAUUACGUCUUACUGGGGCCUGGAUGGCUUAAUAAUUUUUAUGGCUUUUAUGAUAACCGCUUAUCUUUACAUGACGCGCAAAUUCAAGUAUUGGAAGAAACGAGGUGUUUUAGAAUUAACACCGACGCCUUUCUUUGGUAACUUUAUGGAGUGUCUAUUUCUAAAGAAGGCCCCAGCAUAUUUUUUAAAGGAAAUAUAUGAAGAAACAAAGGGAUUGCCUUAUGUGGGUUUCUACGUGUUGGACAAACCAUUCUUGCUGAUUCGCGAUCGAGAGCUCGUCAAAAACAUUUUAGUAAAAGACUUUAAUUACUUCUCCGAUCGAUAUAAUACUGCUGAUCCAAACGAUCGUAUAGGAUAUGCAAAUCUUUUCUUCAUAAGAAAUCCAACAUGGAAAGCAAUAAGAACAAAAUUAACACCGUUCUUUACAUCUGGCAAAAUGAAGAAAAUGUUUGAUUUGAUGCUAAUAUGCGUGAAAAAUUUAGAUGAAUAUCUCGAAUCACUAAAUUUGGAUGGUAAGGGAAAGACUUUAGAAGUGAGAGAUAUAACCGCCAGAUUUACCACGGAUAUAAUCGGCAGCACCGCUUAUGGACUCGAUGUGAAUUCGUUUAAAGAUCCGGACGCAGAGUUUCGCAGAUAUGGCAAAAUGAUAUUUCAAUACGACACUAUUCGCGGUUUCGAGAUGCUCGCGAUAUUUUUCCUUCCAACUAUAGUCCGUUUGACAAAGAUAAAGAUGUUCGGCAAGGAGCCUACUGAGUUUUUGCGUAAGGUCUUUUGGGAGACGCUUUCUCAGCGCAUGAAAUCUGGCGUAAAGAGGAAUGAUCUUAUCGAUAUUCUUAUCGAACUCAAAAAUAAUAACAAUGAUAAAGAGUUUAAAGAUUUCACAUUCGAUGGCGAUGAUCUUCUAGCACAAGCAGCUAGUUUCUUCUCAGCUGGUUUUGAAACCUCUUCAACGACUACGUCUUUCGCAUUGUACGAACUGGCGAUACAACCUGAACUUCAGAAUACCCUGAGAAAAGAAAUUCUCGAGGCGCUUGAAAAAUCCAAUGGAAAAAUUACAUACGAUAUGGCAUGGUCAUUACCAUAUCUCGACAUGGUAAUAUCCGAAACUUUGAGAAUGUAUCCACCAUUAGGAUACGUAAACCGCGUAGCAAUGGAGACUUACAAGGUGCCCGAAUACAAUCUCGUAAUCGAGAAAGGCACACCGUGUUAUAUUCCAAUGCUUGGUUUACACUAUGAUCCAGAAUAUUUUCCCAAUCCCAAUAAAUUCGAUCCGGAGCGAUUCAACGAGGAAAACAAACGUAACAGACCAUCGUGCGUUUAUUUUCCAUUUGGAGAAGGCCCACAUGCAUGUAUAGGCAAUCGCUUCGGACUUUUGCAAGCGAAACUAACAUUACUUAUUAUUUUAAGUAAGUAUGAGGUGACACCGAGCGAAAAAACUUCAAUACCAGUGGAAAUUGAUCCAAGAGGAGCUAUGACAGCGCCGUUAAAUGGUGUAAUAUAUCUCAACUUCCGAAAAGUUAAUGUUACUACUAAUUGCAUAAAUCAUAUUUUUAAAUUCGACGGAGAUGACCUUAUGGCGCAAGCGGCCAGUUUCUUUUCAGCUGGUUUCGAAACUUCCGCAGUGCCGAUCGCUUUCACCUUGUACGAACUCGCACUGCACCCUGAAAUACAAAACACGGUAAGAAACGAAAUGCUCCAAGUGCUCGACGAUUCCAAUGGAAAAAUCACAUAUGACAUGAUCAUGUCGCUACCGUAUCUGGAUACGGUGGUGUUCGAAAUUUUGAGAAUGUACCCACCGUUGUCAUUCUUGAAUCGCAUGACAAUGCAAACUUACAAAGUACCAAACUCUGAUCUUGUACUUGAGAAAGGUACGCCGAUUUACAUCCCGAUGCUUGGCCUGCACUAUGAUCCGGAAUAUUUCCCCGAUCCUUAUAAAUUCGAUCCGGAGCGAUUCAAUGAGCAGAACAAACAUAACAGACCGUCCUGCGUCUAUUUACCGUUUGGAGAAGGCCCACAUGCAUGUAUAGGCACUCGUUUCGGACUUAUACUGAUAAAGCUGACACUUAUUAAAAUCUUAAGCAAAUAUGAAGUAAUUCCUUGUGAAAAAACUUUAAUACCAAUGGUUAUUGAACAGGGAAGUACUAUGACAUCAUCCUUAAACGGCGUAAUCUAUCUUAAUAUGCGGGAAAUAAAUACUAUAAAUUAAAAUUUAAUAAAAU